AUGGAAAUCCAUACAACUCAAGUUGGGUUUCAAUUCAAAACUCAAACAAGACUAGGUGAAGAAGUAAGAAUUGCUGGCAACUGUGACGCUCUUGGCAAUUGGAACCAACUCUCUGGCCCAGUGCUUUGCACUGACCACAACAGAUACCCAUUGUGAACUCUCCCUUUUCCGAUCUCUUUACCAAUGGACACAGAACUCGAGUACAAAUACGUUUACGUAUAUAACGGCACACCUCGUUGAGAAGACCUUCAUUGCAAUCGAAAAAUAAGCUUCUUUCCUUUGAAUAACCCCAUUUUUAGCUUCAAAAUUAUAUUCUCUAUAAAUUGAUAUAAAAAAUUGAACAUAAGAACAUUUUAGUUGAAGAUGAAGCUUUAACCAAUAUCUCAAGAAUCAUCAUAAAACAACAAGAAGUUUCAAGUACUUUGAUGCAUUCCUAUGAGACUUCCAGCUAUUUCAUAGACGAAAACAUCGCAUUCACCAAUACAGAUGCAGUUAUUAUUGCUUCAAUGAGACUUCCAGUGAAAGUCUCCAUAAACCCGAACUAUAACCCAAAUGAGCCAGGCUCUGAAAAGUGGCUCUUUGAGAAAACUAAAGGGAUUUGGCUGACUGCUCUUUUUGAUAUAGCCAUACAAGAAGGCAUCCAGUUCUUGUGGGUUGGGUGGCCAGGGAUAUGAAUUGACGACGAAAGUGAGCAGGAAGACCUGAGGAACAUUUUGAAAGAAAAAUACUACUCAAUCCCUUUGUUUAUCCCAGAAUCCAUAAUGGAAGCACACAUGAAAUUCUGCAAUCUCAUUUUGUUCCCAAUUUUUAACUCUAUUAUAGGGACAAACUCAAAAACGAUUCCCCAGUAUCCAAAUCAUCUCUGGGAAGCUUAUAAAAAUGUAAACUCAAGAUUUGCAGACGCAAUUAUGAAUUUCCAUUCACGACAAAUGAUAUGAAUCCACGACUACCACUUAUUGUUAACACCAAGUUUUAUAUCAAGAAGAACACACAAAAUCGUUAAUUUAGGACUAUUUAUGCAUGUACCUUUUCCCAGCUCAGAAAUCUAUAGGGUACUCCCACACAGAGAAACACUAUUAAAUGCUAUGCUAUGCUGUGAUUUAAUAGGUUUUCAUUUAUUUGUGUAUGCCAGACAUUUUUUGGCUGCUUGCAAAUUCAUAUUAGGGAUCGACCAUCAGCUUUCCAGAGGAGGGUAUUUAAUGAUAAACUAUUUUGAAAGAAGGGUAAUGAUCAGAAUUGGGCAUCUAGGCAUUGAGCCAAGAGUUAUCCAAGAAGCUCUACAAACAGAGGAAUUUAAGAAUAUUCAAAAAGAACUUAACAUAAAAUACAAAGGUAAAAAAGUCUUAUUAGGGAUAGAUCCACUGCAUGUCUUAUCAGGAAUCACUUUGAAGCUAAAUGCAUUUAGAGAAGCUUUGAGAAGCAGAAUUAAUUUUGUCAACAAAGCAGUGCUCCUGCAGAUUCUGACUGAAGCAAAAACAGUUAGCACUCCUGAAAGAGAAGAAAUCAGAGAAGAGCUAUAUAGGCUGAAGGAUGAAAUUAAUAGAGAAUUUAGACGGGACGUAGUAGAAUUCAUUGAAACUGAUGUGACUGGGGAAGCUAGAUACGCUUUUAUGUCAAUUUCUAAUGGAAUCGUAAAUACCUCACUUAGAGAUGGAUUGUGUUUGACACCAUUUGAAUUUAUUGUCGUCAAUAUGGAAAGAGACGCAGAUAUAGUCAUUUCAGAGUUCGCUGGAGUUACUAGAGCAUUGAGCAGCUUAAGAAGAGUCAAUCCAUUCAAUAUUUCAGAACUGGAAGGCGAAAUUUAUAAUUUGAUGGCAGAUGAGCCAAAAAAUCAUUCUAAAAGACAAAGAGAUCUCAGCUAUAUACUAACAAAUACCACCUUUCAUUGGGCCAAAAACUUUUUGACUGAUCUAAAAAGAGCUGUAAAAGACCCUAAAAACUAUCAAUAUGUGACGCAUGGACUUGGAGAUAGGCUAAAAUUAAUUGCACUGAAUAAAAAUUUUAGGAUGCUUGAUGGGAACAGUUUGCUCAAGGCGUAUGGAAAUUCCCGUCACAGAGCAUUUUUCUUUGAUAAUGAAGGGACAUUAUGCAAUUUACUAAAAAAUCAUGAAAUCGACAAUUCUAUCGGGCCAAGUGAAAAAAUCCUUAACUCAUUAGCAGAGCUAUGCAAGGACGAGAGAAAUAAUGUAUUUGUUAUAACUGGAAGAUCAAAAGAUAUUGUUGAAAGAUGAUAUGGAAAAAUCCCACUUUUAGGGAUGGCAGCAGAAUACGGAGCUUUUAUUAAACAAAAUAAUGAUCUGAAAUGGGAACUAAGUGCUCAAGGUAGCCAUCUGUGGAAAGAAACUGCUAAACAGAUCAUUGAAGCUUAUGUCAUGAGAACUGAAGGGUCAAGAAUUGAUGAAAAAGAAUGCUCUGUCGUAUUUCAAUACCGAGAUACAGAUCUAGACCUUGGAGCCUGGCAAGCAAAAGAGCUUGUCUCCCAUUUGGAGAUUUUAUUGAAGCCGUUUUUAGACGAAUGCGAAGUUUCAGUCGGCUUAGGCUAUGUAGAAGUAAAGCCUCGUGGGAUUUCCAAAGGAACAACAGUUUACAAAAUCCUUGAAGAACUUUAUGAGCGCCAAGGACCAGUCGAUUUUAUAUUAGCAAUCGGCGACGACGUCUCUGACGAAGAAAUGUUUAAAGUUAUCCAUGGUUUGAAAAGAGAAAAAAGUCAUUUACUAGACAAAAAUCCUCUCAUAUUUACCUGUACUGUUGGAAAAAAGCCAAGUCAAGCUGAACUCUAUGUAAACGAUGUCAAUGAAGUGCAGCAUAUGCUUGAUAUGAUAAGAGGCUGCCUAGGGAGCUUUAAGAAAAACUUUUCCCAUGACGACUUAAUUUCACUUUCACGAAAUCGGCCAACUCCACUUCUAAUGACCCCUGAUGUAAAAAAAUUCAAAAGAGACGCAGUCUUAGAGCUCAAUGAAAGUGAAGAAGACGAGGCUGUAAGCCCUAGGCAAAUAUUUAGAGACAAGAAGAGAAGAUCUCAAACGUUCAUCCUCGAAAGAAGACUAACUUAA